CAACAGUGGAUGUGAAAAAAGUUUGGAGGUCUCGCUGAAAUAACUUUUCUCCAACUAGUUUCAUACACAUAUAUGUAUUUUUCCCACUGUAGGGGGCUUUUAGUUUAAAAUCUUCAUCGGAAAUCAGUGUUCGCCUGCGUGUUUUCCCGGCUGUGAUUUCUCCAGCUCACUUUUUUUCCCCUGCAGGAAUACAGAGAGAGACAGAGAGGGGGAAAACGGUCUGGCUGCUUGAAGAUUUUGUUUCGACACCGAACUUUUGGCGACAUGGACGCGCACCGCGGCGCGCCUCCGGCCGGGCAGCAGAUCGUGCACGUCCGCGGGGACUCGCAGACGGAGCUGGAGGCCCUCUUCAGUGCGGUGAUGAACCCCAGCAAGGCGACCAGACAGCCGGCCUCUCUGCCCAUGAGGAUGAGGAAACUGCCGGACUCCUUCUUCAGGCAGCCGGACCCCCGCGGCCACUCCAGACAAGCCAGUUCGGAUGGAGGCGUGUGCGGCUCCCUCACUCCUCAUCACGUCCGCGCCCAUUCCUCCCCUGCCUCCCUCCCAGUCAACUCCCUCUCCACUCAAGCAACAGAUGUAGCAGCGCCACAGAUCAUACCUGACGACGUGCCACUCCCCCACGGUUGGGAAAUGGCCAAAACGCCUGCUGGCCAACGAUACUUCCUCAAUCACCUGGAUAAGACAACCACUUGGCACGACCCUCGUCUCUCGCAGCUGCAGUCGGCUGCAGCUCAGCAUCCUAUCUCUGGCACUCCGGUCCAUGCCCACUCCCUCAGCAACCCAGCACCCACUACGCAACCACAAAACAUCAACCCAGAGACAGCACAGAAGAUGAACCCGGGCAUCCUUGGUCUGGCAUUGCAGCAAAGGCAGGAAAAAGAAAGGCUCAGAUGCAAAGGCCUUCCUCCCCAAAUCACACCACAGGAGGCAGGAGGAAGAAACCAGAUGACCGGUGGGAUGGACCAUGACAGGAACGCACCGACGCUUGUCCCGUCUCUGGAUGUCAGGAUCAGAUCCUCCAACCACGAACCUACACUUAAUGGCGCUCACUCUCGCAAUGAGAGCACCGACAGUGGUCUGAGUGUCAGCAGCUUACCCCGCACGUCGGACCACAUGUUGAGCUCUGUGGAUCACAUGGACACUGGUGACUCUGGCGACAACUCCUCGAUGACCUUACAGGAGUCGAUGCCUGUGCUCCCGAUGUCUGAGGGCGAGGAGCUAAUGCCCUGCAUCCCCGAGGGUCUCAGUUCGGACCUUCUGAUGGACAUGGAGACGGUUCUCUCCGGGUCGCAUAUGGACAGAGACAGCCUGCUCACCUGGCUAUAGACACACCCAGCCACCGCCUAAAUAUGGUUUGACAUCAGAUCUUCAUGACGUGACUGAGAAUUUUGGAGGAUUUUUUUCUUUUUUCUUUUUUUCUUUUUGCUUCAAAAGUGGUACCGAACAUCAUUACUGAGAGAAUACGCUACUGUUGAGUGAUGGAUACCUAACACUACUCACACCCUGAGGAAUAUAUAAAAACCUGACUCUCACAGAAGGUGGUAAGCUGCUGAUAUUCUCCUCCUUUUGGGCCUGGUCUUACAGAGAUGCAUUGACGGAACAUCUGUAUUUUAUGACACAUUCAUUUUUAGUCAUCAACCUCAGAUGAUGCUCCCCACGUCUCUGGUAAAGUACGUCAGAGUUAAUUUUAGAGUUGUUUUUUUUACUAUCCCCACUUGGGUAAUACUGUUUGCAGCAAUCUUUUAAAAACACAGAGCCAAGUCAUAAUAGUCUACAUGUAACAGAUAAAGAAACACAAAGAAGACAUGUCAAAAUAAACUAAAAGAUGCGCAAAUCCUCAUAUCCACAUUUAUCUCUGUUACUCCAUGUAGCCUGUGGGACAAAAUGGCCACAUCUACAGUAGUUCUACUACCUCCGAGCAGCCUGUAAUUUGUAAUUUUAACACACAUGCUCACAGUUGUCCAAGGCAUGCUCUGAAGAAGCAUCUGCACUGCGAGAAAGAGAUGACUCAAAGAAUUUAUAUCGAUUAACGCUACAUUGGUUUGGUAAAACCAAAAAUCCAUGCUACUUUUGCAACACAGAAACAUCAGGGAGAAGAGGAGGCACCCUUUUGGUGAGCCAGUAGAAGAUGAAGCAAACUCCCAUUUACUCUCAAACUUUAGAAAUGGUCAGUUAAAAUGCUCACAAGCCAAAAAAUACAGAACAAAAACUUUAAUCAGAGUAACUUGUAAGUCUGUGUUGAAGAGUGUAGGGCUGCUCUGAACAUGGAUUGGAUCUUGCAAGGUUUUUCAAAAUAAAAUUCAUGAGGACAAGCUUUAUCUUUAGUCACAGUAAAAAAAAAAAAAAAACCUUCUUCCUCAUUCCUCACAAAUCAAAGCCUGUCAAAAGCACUUAGAGAGAAAUAAAGGCCCCUAUGCAGAGGAGUCUUGACUUGAGCUAACAGCAAAAUGUGUUUGUAAGGCCUCUCUUUACAGUAAGGACCACUGGAAUAUAUGGAGAAUGUCUACAGUAAAUGAACAUAUGGUCAGUAUAAUGCAAUCCAACACAAUGCAGUGUUUUCCUCAGGAUACAGUAAUCCUGACACAUCCAGUCUUGUGAUCAAUUUAGUCAGUAGAUGACGGCUUAAACGGUAGUCACACUCUUUAGAUACAUUAUAUGGCGUUUGCUGUGUGAAAUAGCACCUCUGCUCUUUUUACCUUGAACUUACAGUUUUAUUAUAUAAAAGUGGGUUCAAAGUCGCCCACGCCCGCUCUCAAACACGGCAGGAAAUCCUGCAACAGCCUUGCUAUAAAAUCACCUAUUUUGAAGUUACUAAUAUUCAGGGUUUGUUAAUGCUGUGUUUUUAGUGUUUUUAGUUGUAUUGGAUUGCAUUUUAUUGUAAAGUGGUCCAGUCAUUUUGUCUACUCCAGCAUUGAAUAUAAGCUUCACAAAGGUAGUAUUUAUUGGAGAUUUGUUUUAUUAGAUUACAUUAUAUUGUACAGCUGUAAUAAUAAUAUGUUCACCCCUUGUUAAAGAAGUGACGCCAUAUAAUUACCAUUAGGGUCGAGAUGUUUCAGUAAGUGAAAAAAAUGAAUUGAGUCAGCCAGCACCCCUCUGACUAUGAGAUUAAGCUGUUUUAUACCUUUUCCACUAAUAGUGUGAGUCAUUCCUAAUAAUUUUCUUCUUCACAUUUUUAAAAAUUGUCUAUUCAUUCAUUGGCAUCAUUGUUUUUUUUUUCUCCCACAGAAAGACACAAAACCAGUAACAGUUUCAGCCAUGUGUUUCAGUUUUAGCUCCUUACCUAAAACCACACUAUAACUCACAAAUGAUCUACACUUUGCUGACCAUUUUUGGAUGCAUGCACUGCUGAUUCAGAUUUUCAGAUUCAUUUUUCUUACCAGUUCAUGCAUCCAUUGUUUUCCAUAACUUCCUAAAUUACCAGACUCCUGGAAAUUGCCCAAGAGACGUAAUCACUAACUGUGAAAAUCAAGUGUGCAUUAUUCUUUCAGUCAUGCAUUAUCGUUGAGGGGUAAUGCAAUUUAAGUGCCACUUGAUUUGAAGAGUCUGCCCUGCAUUAACAAACAAUGAUAAUGUAACACAGAAAAAAACAAAGCAGUCUCGAUGCUCACUGUAAUGAAUUGUUUCUUACUUUGAGAAUGCACACGCAGCGAGUUGCAGACCAGUGUGAGCUUCAAAACAAGUCCAUCAAAAUCAAAACAUGUUGCACAACGUUUCUCCAGUACACCAAGUUUUUUUUUCACCAGUUUUCAGUUUCCUCAUGUGUUCAUUCAUGGGAUUGAUAAAUGAUCACCAUGAAUGCCAUGUAUACAAAACCACAUUCUCAUCCUUUUCUUUUUUUUUUUUUCAAAUUGUGUCCUUGGCUCCAGUUUUCCUCUCAGAGGAAUGACGAAAAUAUUGUGCUUUAAAAAUGGCUUUCAGGGCCAUUCUGAGAGUCAUAGCAUAAGUCAAGGACCCUGUGGUGCCUCCUCAGAAAAGCACCAUGCUAAUUACGGAUGCUGUGUUCUUGUAUUUUAUUCUAUCUACACGCGCUAUCUGGUGCUGUAGUACGGAAGGCAAUCAUCAAUCUGGGGAGCUUUCUUAUUCUCCUCUAGUUUAACUAUAUAGUAAGUAUAUAUUCUGUUUUUAUGUGCUGGGUUGUUUCUGCAGUGUGUUUAUAUUUUAUCUGAAUUUGAAGCUGUUUUAUUAUUGGUGAGAGCAUUUCUUCUAACCAGCUUCCUUUUUUUAUAUAUAUAUAUACAUAUAUAUAUAUAUAUACAGUAUAUAGAGUAUAAAGACUUAAUUCACAACAUCCCCAAAUAAAGAGCCCGUUCACCUUUUGUAAUCUUUUCUAAAUAAAAGUACAAUGGGCUGAUACACAUAAGGCAACACACACUACCUAGCCUAUUAUUUAUCUUAGCAUGCAUGACACUCGCUAUGUAUGUUACAUAUAAUAAUGUUUAUCAUCCUAUUUACAGAGAGUUUGGAGGCAAUCAGACUUGUUUUGUACCUUUUUAUGCAUGUGCUUUAUAUAAAUAUAUUUCUUCUUACUCUCACUGUAAUCAUUUUAAAGGAGUUUCUGUUUAAUAAACCUUUAAAAAACACUUGACAUGUAGUCAUUUGUACUCA